AUGCAUCAUCCCGUGUCGUAUCGGCUCCACCGGGUAAGAAGCGAAUUCCGCGCUUGUCGAACAUCAAAGGUCAAAUGUGAUGGGAAGAGGCCUUGCACCAGGUGCAACAAGCUAAAAAAGCGAUGUGUCUUUUUCCACAUCCCAAAGGACCCUGCUACAGAGAGACUCGAAAAUGUCGAAGCUGAAGUUCGUCAUCUCAGAGAGCAAGUGGAUGCUCUACGUGAUCUCCUGCAGACAUGUUCGAAUUCAGACCCCCGAGGUCUCGUCAGUGAGAGACAGGCGCCUCAUAGAGAGCAUCUGCCUCCUAAUGGACAAGGCCCAGACUGCCACAUAUCCCCUGCUUCUCAAAUGAUACUUAGGUCAACCAUUGUGCCUCAACUUCCUGAGGCCAAUUAUCCAGGGGUACAUGGCCUGGCCGCCAGCCCUGGAGAAGUUUCUACCCAUUCUCGCAUGCAAACCAUCAUCACAGAAGCAGGCAGUGUGACAAAGAGGAAACGGUCUGGCUUCGAGAUACGCGAUGAGCCAGUUGCAGAUUUUAUCUCGAAGGGCUUGAUGACGCCAGACCAUGCUAUUUCUUGUUUUAACACGUAUAUCCCGGUAUUCGACCCCGAGUACGACACCUUCGAUUCGGUGCGCUCGCGAAGCAGCAUCCUACUCAACGCUAUCUGCACGAUAGGAAGCCGCAUCGAACCCAGGUUCAGUCCUCAGAUAUCCGACAUACUGCACGCAGAGCUCAAGAAAUGGAUCAAUGUCAUCAUCCAAAACAAGAGGUUGAAUUGCUUGGAGUCUGUUCAAGCAUUGCUUGUUGUUGCCUGCUAUUCUACGGAGCGCUCGUUGAUAUUAUCCUUCGCGACUCGAAUGGCCUUAGAUCUGGACCUGGACGAAGCGUUUGAGGAGCUGACCCAGCGUAUGUCGAUGAAAGAAGUCGAGGACUUACAUGGAACUUCUGGAUCUACAGAGGAAGAGCGCAGUUUGAUGCGAAAGUCCAGAACUUGGUUCGGGCUGCUGGUGUUGGAGCAUAUUUUUCGUGUCGAUGGCGGCAAGCCACCGGGCAUCCGACUGCUUGGGAACUCACGUCGGUGUCGAACCUUGCUCAAACAUCCUUCAUCGACUGUUCUGGAUUUGCGUCUGUUCUCUCAAGUUGAGGUAGCAGCUAGUAUCAACGAUACCUUGAGCGGCAAAGAGACUCUUAUUCGCUCAGACAUUGCUGGGUUCGUGCAAGAGGUCAAGGUUGAACUUGAUAUCUGGUUCGAUGAUUGGUUACGCAUCAUCGAAGACUCGAUCCCCGCCGAAGCGGAAAAGCCGUUCCUCCUACUCGCACUGCGCGUGCAGAAAUGCUGGGCCGAGAUGAUGCUCUACUGCAAGGCGCUGCGAUCAAUGGGCGUAGAGAACGUUGCAUUUCCCCCCCGCCCCCCGGCUCGUCAGCUAACCUCCACCAGGGCAAUGUCUCCCUCGGAGCGAAAUAUCCUCGUCAUGGCCAAGGCAAGCGCCCGCAAACACCUGCGCCUGAUCAGCGGCGAGCCGGACUUCUACCUCGCGAAACUCAAGUACGCCAUGGACUUUGUCUGGGCUAAAUGCGCCUUCUGCUUCCUUCUCCUCCUCAAGCUCUCCCGCCUCCUGCCGGAACGAAAAGAAGAACACCAGGAGCUCCUCGAGCACGGGAACCGACUGCUCAGCGAACUGACCAAGAGCGCGGACUCCCACGGCAACACUAAUGGCAGUAGUAGGAUCUACCUGCAGAUUCUCAAGCUCAGCGUCGAGAAAUACGGGAGGGCCGUGCAGGAGAGCGGGAUGGACGUCGACCAGGCGGCCAUGGUUCCCUUCUGGGAGCUGUUCGAUGCGCAGGCGGAUUUGCAGUCGUUUGUGCCUGAGCAGUUUGUGACCGAGUGGGAUUUUCCAGGCCUGAAUCUGUUCUAUUUCCCUACCGCGUGGCAGGAUUUCUUUGGGGAUUUUUCAUUGGCGAUCUAG